UCUUAGCCCCUUCCUAAACCCCAUCCUCCCCAUUUUCACUCUGAAGACCGCAAAUCAUUUCCCUCUCGCCGGCUCGCCCGCUCGCCCGCUCCCUCGCUCUCGAUGAAGGUUCUGCAAACCAGCAGCCGCACACUGAGCAACGACUCGGCUCGGGGAAUCGCAAGCCAUGCGACGUUCGGCUUCUCUCCUCAACGCCCAACAUCGUCGUCAUCACCACUCUCGUCGGCGGAAGCGACUUGGAAGAGCAACAAGAAGCCCAUGGAUGGUCCCAUGAUGGAGCUUUUCCGCAGGAUCUCCCCUCUCGGCGAUCCCAAGCUCUCGAUCGUCCCGGUGCUCGACCAGUGGGUCGCAGAGGGCAACUCCGUCGAGCGGAGGCCUUUCCUUCUCCUGAUCAAGCGAAUGAGGUCCUACCGUCGCCACAGUCACGCGCUCGAGAUAUCGAUGUGGAUGUCUGAUAAAAGGUAUAUCUCGAUUACUACUGCGGAUGCUGCUGUUCGGCUCAGUCUGAUCUCAAAAGUCCAUGGGGUAGAACAAGCAGAGAUAUUUUUUGACAACCUUCCCCAACGGCUUAAAGUCGAAAAGGUCUAUAUUGCUUUUCUUAAUUGCUAUGCUAAGGCAAAACUUCCGAAGAAAGCAGAGGCUCUGUUGGAGAAAAUGAGGCAUCUGGGAUUCCCAAGGUCUGUCCUUUGCUUCACUAAUUUGCUUAAUCUUUAUUAUCGGACUGGAGACUACAAUAAAGUAGAUGCUCUGAUUAAUGAGAUGGAUGAAGAAAAGAUUCAUCUGAAUAGAUAUAUCUACAGUAUCUGGCUGAGUGCAAGUACAGCUGCUUCUGACACUGAGAAAUUCGAGAUGAUUCUAACACGGAUGAAAAUGGAUGCAAAUUUUGUUUGGGACUGGACGACAGGUGUUGUGGUAACCUCUGGGUACUAUAGAUUGGGUCUUCUCGACAAAGCUCUGGAAAUGCUUAAGAAAUGUGAGGGACUGAUAACUGAGAAAACAAGUAAUGCAGCGUACGAUUUUCUUAUUACACAGUAUGCAGCAGCAGGGAAUAAAGAUGAAGUUCUAAGAGUAUGGGAUGCUUACAAGAAGAAGAGAAAAGUGUACAACAAAGGUUAUAAUUGCGUCAUGAACUCUCUGCUGAAGUUCGACGACAUUGAAAGUGCUGAAAUGAUUCUGGAGCAGUGGAUGUCUAGUGAUUUGACCUGCGACAUUCGUAUUCCAAAUAACCUGAUUCAUGCUUAUAGCAAAACCGGUCUUCUUGAGAAGGCCGAGACACUUAAGAACAAAUUUUUACAGAAAGGUGGAAAGCUUGAUCACAUGACAUGGUACCAUUUGGUAAAAGGAUAUAUCCAAAAUAAUCAGAUGCCAGAGGCAUAUGAUGCCAUGAAGAAAGCAAUAUUGGUUUGUCCAUCUCGGUGGAAGCCAGGUCCGCAAUCAUUGACUGCGUGUCUGGAAUCCAUAAUAGGAGAAGAGAGUGCUGAAGAAGCCAAAGAAUUUGUCGAGCUGCUUAGGGCCAAAGACAUUAUUUCUGUGGAUGCCCAAAAUAAGUUGUUGACUUGCGUUUAUGACAAAAAAGGAAGCUGGGAAGCUCUUGGCGUAAUUAUUGACAACGCUCUUGGGGACGAUGCGGAAGCACCAGGAACACUUGGGGAAGUGGACAAGAGCAGAGGGCAUGGUAUAGCUGUCACUGAUUCAGAUUGUGAAAGUUUUUCAGGCGAAGAAAUGCAUUACAUGAGCACCAGUAACUCAUAAGCACUUUGGGCGUUAUGGUGGUGCACUAAUUUAGGGGUGGAGCCACGUCUGUUGUAAGAUUGGACUUGUGCCAUGAAAUUUCUUUAUGGUUGCCAUCUUCUGGUGAACAAGUUGGUUCUGGAGCUCAUGAGAAUAUCUAUAUGGGGAAACAUGAUGGUAAAUGUCUUCGGGCUCUUGACUCAAUUGCUAGAUGCAGGUGGCUAUCUGGAACAAUCGAGCGCCGUCAAUUCCAUACUGCCAUACUGGCAUCAGCUGUGAACACCAAAACUGCUCUGCGCCAUAGGGACGAGGAAACUUCAUAUGGUCUGUCCGUGACUGUCUCAGGCCUUGUUUCCUGUUUUGCAUCAAGCCCGGCUUGUAAUUUUUGCUUUUGGUCUUAGUAAGAUGGCAAGUGGUGGAAGCAAGUAGCCAUCGACCCUGCAAAUUGCCGCCUCAUUUUCGCCACCUUCUCUGUCCCAUGAUGAUCAAUCUCCAUGUAUGCUGUGUUCAUUUCUUGGGAGGGAUCCUCGGCUCUUGCAGCCAAUGUCAAGCAAAUGCAUGCUGCAUGUGUUAUUGAUGCGUUUAAGGUGCAACAGGAUCAGAUUUUGCUGUUCCACUUUUGGCAUCGCGUUUUGGAAAUCGAUCACUUAGUUCAUCAUUUGGAUCUCUUUCGGCUUUUCCCCUCAAUGUACUAACCGUCUUUGGGAUUUUGUUUCUUAUCUCAUUUUGUCAUAACUGAAUCAAAAUAUGUACUUAGAGAUUCC